AUGGCCGACGAGCGCGACGUGUACCGCGCCGCCGCCGAUGAUCGAGACGCUCCUCUCCGCGACGAAGACCCCGGCCGCGCGAAACCGCCCAAGUCCCCGCCGCCCCAACCCUACCACACCGCCACCGCUCUAUCGUCCCUCGAAAGCCGCCUCGAGGAAUCCGAAGCCCGUCGUAUCGACUCCGAGGAACGUGUUCAGCAAUUGGAGAAGUUGGUGGAGGGUUUAUUGAAAAGCUCACCUGAACCAGCUGCGGCGCGGGCCGGAGUCUCUGAACCAGCUGUGGCGAGGGCUGGAUUCUCUGAACCAGCCGCAGCGCGGGCUGGGGAGUUUACGUUUCCGCCGGUGAGAUCGGUCCCCUUGGACGUUCCCCCACACACCAUUCUGGAACGUUCAGGCAAUACCGCUGACCCCCUUGUUCGUUCCCCUGGGGGGGAAUCUCACAGCGCACGAAGGGACGGCCCUUCCUCGGCAGUAAUCAGCUCUCGUUGGAGAGGGACGUUACCUGACCGGGAAGGGCUAUGGACAGGGGAUAACCCGGAUCGGUUGGUCACUUUCACUACAUUUGGGAAGUCGUACUUGUCUCUACUUUGCGACAUUUCCACCAGCGACCUUUUUACCACCGACCGCGUCAUCCAGCUUGUGGCGACCUUGUUCGUUCGUUCCACUUCUCCCAAGCGCCGUCAGUCUCCGCACGACUGGGCCGUUGAUACUAUGACGGACGCGCUCCGGGACGAACGACCUCACUGCUGGACGACACUGAUGACAGAAGUUGGACGUCGUUGGCCGGAUCCUGGCUUUGCCGACCGAGUGUCCCACGACUUCUACGGGUGCCGACAGUCUUCGUCUCGAGCCUACGACCAUGUGGGCGAAUGGCGUGCCCGCUACCGAGCGUUUAUGCACAACAACCCCAGCUUCAGCCUCUCGUCCCUUCAACUCGCCACAACCUUUUAUCAAUCGUUGAGUGAUGUGGCUAAGCGGGAAGUGCGGGCUGGUAUGCUGCGGGAAUAUCGGGAUAACUCACUUGUGACUAUAGGGAGGUUCGGACGAACUGUCCCGUCCCUCGAGGAGGUUACCGACUGGGCCGCCAUCGCCGACGACAUCGGCACGACAUCAGUUUCGACCCCGCCGAUUCUAUUCAAUCAACUCUACUACGUCAGCGAUGUAGUUAUAGCCAAGAGUGAUGAAUGCAUUUCAACAUACCUAUUCAAUCAACUCUACUACGUCAGCGAUGUAGUUAUAGCCAAGAGUGAUGAAUAG